AUGAUGACAGAUUUUCGCAGUUGUCAACAACAGUAUUGUGAUGGCCCAUCGGUUUCACCAACACCUGUUUCUGUUUCAUCUUAUGGUGCCUAUUUUCAUCCAAACAGUGCACAUAGUCCAGCAACUCAAUUGUAUUCAUCUGUUGAUGGACAAUAUGCUGCUGUUGCUCAAUUUGCACCAUCUUAUGCAUCACAAUUUUAUCAGCAUCAUCAUCAUCAACAACAACAACAGCACAAUCCAUAUUCAACAAAUAUUCGUACAUAUAGCACAUAUGAUAUUGAUUCAUCAUCAACAAAUCCCACUUCAAAUACAUCAUCAUCAUUUUUACCACAUUAUUCAAGUUUACAACCAACAAAUUCAUCUUAUAUUCAUAUACGAGCACCAUCACUUUCUCCACCAUUACCUUCAUCUGAACUUAGUUCAGAAAAAACUCUUAUUAAUAAUACAAAUAAUUUUUAUUCACCAUCACAAUUACAAACAACAACAACAACAAUUUCACAUGUUUCACCAUCAAGUUCAAUAAUGUCAUCUUCAGCAGCUGGAUCACAAUCUCCAUCAAGUCAUUCAUGUGAUGAACAAUCUAAUUUAACAUUAACACCACAUAAAAAUGAACUACAUACAGGUUCAACAACUGAUCCAAAUAAUACAUCGAUAUCUGCUAGUGGUUCAUGUGAUGGUACUCGUCGUUGUCUUUUAUGGGCAUGUAAAGCUUGUAAACGUAAAACAGUUACUGUCGAUAGACGAAAAGCUGCUACAAUGCGUGAACGACGACGUUUACGUAAAGUAAAUGAAGCAUUUGAAACAUUAAAAAGACGUACAUGUCCUAAUCCAAGUCAACGUUUACCAAAAGUGGAAAUUUUACGUAAUGCUAUUGAAUAUAUUGAAAAUUUAGAAGAUUUACUUCGUUCAGCUGGUGUUACUUCAAGACCAUUAAGACAUGAUUUAGAUCAAAAAUCAACAACAACAACAACAAUAGCAAAUACAAAUGAAUUAUUAAAAUCAAGAUCUUCAACGACAAACUACAGUGAAAAAUAUAAUAAUACUACAACAGGAGCAUCAACAACAACGACAACAACUGAUUAUAGUAAUAAUUCAUCAACAUCGUCUGCCUAUGGAACAAUUGAUAAUUAUGCUGAAGUCGUAUUAUCACAUCAUACAACAUCGACUGUAUCAAGUCUUGAUUGUUUAUCAAUGAUUGUAGAAAGUAUUGAUCCAAAUAAACUUGUUAAUUCAUCUACAACUACAAAUGGAGCAUCGAACAAUGCUAUUUUAAAUCGAUGUUGUUGA